AACCAGAACCUUCAAAGAUCAAACAGGAACAAGAACCAGAACCUCCACAGAUGGAGGAACAGGAGGUUCUGGGUACCAGCCAAGAGGGAGAGCAGCUUAUUCUUAAGAUUGAGAGCGAAAGUGACCUGAGAGAACCAGAAGAAGUACGGGACACUGAGCAGCUCCUCUCUCAGGACUCUGAAGUCCACCAUGAGAACAAACUGAUUGAUGUUCCUGUUUCAGAGAAGCAGGCUGAAGGUGAAAAGCUUUGUGAGGAAACAUGUGGUGAACCUGUCCGCAAAAAAACAAAAUUACAUCCAAAGGCAGGAGUGGUCACUGACAAGAAGAAAACUUGUGAAACAUGUGGGAAAAGUUUCACUUGUCAGAGUACUUUGUUGGUCCACAAGAGAUGUCACACAGGCGAGAAGCCAUAUCCUUGUGAAACAUGUGGGAAAAGUUUCAGUCGGUGCAGUCAUUUGGUGGUCCACAUGAGAUCUCACACAGGUGAGAAGCCAUAUCCUUGUGAAACAUGUGGGAAAAGUUUCAAUACACGGAGUUAUUUGUUGGUCCACAUGAGAUCUCACACAGGUGAGAAGCCGUAUCCUUGUGAAACAUGUGGGAAAAGUUUCAAUACACGGAGUUAUUUGGUGGUCCACAUGAGAUCUCACACAGGUGAGAAGCAAUAUCCUUGUGAAACAUGUGGGAAAAGUUUCAUUACCCGGAGUCAGUUGUUGUGCCACAUGAGAUCUCACACAGGUGAGAAGCCAUAUCCUUGUGAAACAUGUGGAAAAAGUUUCAGUCAAUGCAGUCAUUUGUUGCUCCACAAGAUAUCUCACACAGGUGAGAAGCCGUAUCCUUGUGAAACAUGUGGAAAAAGUUUCAGUCGUCACAGCGCUUUAUUGUAUCACAAAAGAUCUCACACAGGUGAGAAGCUAUAUCCUUGUGAAACAUGUGGGAAAAGUUUCAUUUAUCAGAGUGCUUUAUUGCUCCACAUGAGAUCUCACACAGGUGAGAAGCCGUAUCCUUGUGAAACAUGUGAGAAAACUUUCAGGCGGCACAGUCAUUUGGUGGUCCACAUGACAUCUCACACAGGUGAGAAGCCGUAUACUUGUGAAACAUGUGGGAAAAGUUUCGGUUAUCGUUCUUCUUUGCUGCACCACAUGAAAAUUCACUUGAAGAUUAGGUCAUGAAAGGCUACUGAUGAUGGCAUUUGCCCAAUGGGUGUUUUUUCAAUCUGAUUGAAAACAAUCUUAUUAAACGUAGUCGUAUACAUGGACGGCAUACAAAUCCAUCCACGAUCAGUCCGUGUUUACAAGCGUUCUGGGUGAAGCGGAUUGUACUUCAUCCUAUGACAUGCGCACAAAAUCUCUUGCAGAACUUCCGGGUCUUUAGCUUUGCAGCCAGCAGUCCUCAGUGCCGAGCAGUCUGUUUAUCUGCUCAAAAAAUGUUCCAACAUUUCCAUGAUACGCUGUUCAGAGAGCUCCUCCCCCAACCAGAGUGCCGUCCCACCGGCACAUCCCGGAAUAAAGCACCGGGCUCAGCUCCGCUGAUGUUUCUUAUUAACUGGUGCCCAUGUUAAGUUGUGAUCAACAGAUGUUGAAAUACCGAAUGAAACUUGUAAUGGCUCUAGCAAACAACGGUUAUCUACAUUUACAGCAAAUUUAUGAGUUUAGAGUCAUUUGUGAUUCUUAUUUUAACAUCUGUUGUUUUGUUUACACAGAAAUUGUUAACAUUGGAACCAGUUAAGCCAUAACACCGGCCGUUCGGUCCGCUCGUAGUGUCCCUUGGAGCUCUUUGAAUAACUCGCUGU